AUGGAUGAUAUUAAUGGAGUGUCCAGGUGGAUAGAUUCUUAUCAGUUAGACAGUCUACGUCCUCUACAGCGUACGAAAAGGACCUGGGUUAUCACCACCAUUUAUGUUCAAGAGGACGACAAAGGACCAUUCCCAAAAUAUGCUGGACAGCUGUUCAAUAACAAAUCAUUUAAUACAUCAGUAAAAUACCUGAUCAGUGGACCUGGGGUAGAUGAAUCUCCAGAGAUUGGGUUGUUUUCUAUAGAAGAUGAUGCAAAUGGACAUGUGUAUGUACAUCGUACCAUUGACAGAGAAAAGACCCCAACUUUUAAGAUACGUUUCGAUGUUGUGUGCAGAAAAACUGGUGAACCAUUGGACAGCCCUUUGUUUUUCAAGAUAAAGGUUAAAGAUAUUAAUGACAACGCACCUGAGUUUCCCAAGGAGGAAUACAGCAUUACAAUAAGAGAGAACCACAGUAAAGAUGAGCCAGUUUUCCAAGUUACUGCCUUGGACAAAGAUGAAGACAGCACUGUGAAUUCUCAGGUGUCCUAUUCUCUAAGUAUGCAAAUGCCCCUUCCAGAUGGAUUCAUAUUUAAUAUUGAUCCUACCACAGGAUCAAUACAUCUGUCAGAAUGCCUGGAUUAUAAGACUGCCAACUCUUUCAAACUUCUGAUUAAAGCCAGUGACCAUGGAACUCCCCAGCUGUCAUCUACUGCAACAGUGAAUGUAGCUGUUGAAGAUGGAAACAACCACCUCCCUGUAUUUACUAGGGAUAAUUACCAGCUGCAGAUUUCAGCAGGUCAGGAACAUCCAGCUGUAUUACGGCUCCAAGUGGAAGAUAAAGACUCCCGCAACACUCCAGCUUGGAGAGCAAAAUACAGAGUAACAAAAGGCAAUGAGAAGGGACAGUUCAUCAUUGAGACGGAUCCAGACACAAAUGAAGGCAUUUUGAGUAUUAUCGAGCCUCUCAACUAUGAAGAUGUCUCUGAGAUGAGACUUGUCAUUUCUGUAGCAAAUGAAGAACCUUUUUUCUUGUGUAAUAACGGCAUUGUGAUGAUCUUAGGCUUACAAUCCACAAAUACAACUGUGAACAUCAAGGUCUUGCAGUCACACCGUGCUCCUAGGUUUCAUCCUCCUAUACUUAUUGUCCAAAAAGAAGAUUCAAUGAAGCCUGGGAGAGUAUUUAGAAGGUAUCCUGCCACAUAUCCAGAUGAUGUGCCAAAUAAGAUAAAAUAUGAACUAGCCCAUGACCCAGAUGGUUGGCUGAGUGUGGAUGAGAAUUCUGGAGUUCUUACUGUGGCAAAAGAAUUUGAUCAAGAAUCUUCUUAUGUGAACAACAGCCUGUACACCAUCAUCAUUCAUGCUGUUGAUCAUGGUAUUCCACCACAGACUGGCACUGGCACCAUCCUGCUUUACUUGUCUGACUUGAGUGAUCAUAUGCCAACAUUAGUGGCUCCUUCUUUAGAUGUGUGUGACAAAAAAGAAGGGACACAUCUCAUUGUAAAAGCUAAGUCCGCUCCGGUCCACUCACAUUCUGGGCCAUUUACAUUUGAGCUGGCUGAGGACUCUGAAGAAGUGAAGCAUAACUGGAAAUUAGGAAGGAACUUUGGGGAGUCAGUUGAACUUUUCAUGUUAAGAAGCCUCCCACACGGUAGCUACUUGGUACCCAUCAUUAUUCAGGACAGGAAAGGAUUUUCUACAAGGCAGAAUCAACAUGUUAGGCUCUGCUUUUGCCCAGAUGGACGUACAUGUAAAGAUUCACCACCUCCACAAGCAGCAGUGAGACUUGGAGGUGGUGCCAUUGCAAUAAUACUGAUGGCUUUCUUAUUAUUGCUGGUUUCCAGUAUUCUACUUUGGCGGUUUUACACACCGGGUUCUAAAAGCAAAGUCAUUGUUCCACCUCAAGAGGGUGAACAGACUUUAAUCAAAUAUAAUGAAGAGAGCAGAACAUCUUUGUCUCAAGUUAAGCGGGAUAUUACAGACCAUGCUGCUCAUCUACCUGUGUCUGUGGAAGCUGAAGAAGAAGUGAUUGCUGAGGAUGGCCUGCACACUAGUUAUGAGACAUUCCACGUAAGACACCUUGAUUGGCUCACAGAGACAGUCGACAAAAUUCUGGGUCAGAAACUGUAUUACCAAAACACACUGGAAGAUUAUGGGGCCAUCUAUGAACCUUACAGGUAUGCUGAGGAGGGAGAACUAGAGCGAAGUAACUCCUUCUGCUCUGUCUCCAUUGGCAGUGAGGACUUGCCGGUGGAUUUUUUGAAUACUCUGGGACCAAAGUUUUCUGCUCUGGAAGAAAUCUGUCAGAAGCGAUUUCCAUGGAAGACUUCAAAUCAGGCCAGUGGUUUAGAAGCACUGCUAAUAACCAAGAUGGCUUUUCAAUUGCAAACUAUAAUCAUCCUGAUUGUGAAGAAAGGGAACAUGAUUGUUGUGGAUGUAUUAAUGGAAUCUGCCUGUCAAAAUAAUGAAAUUGAAAAAGCUUUUAUUGGCUGUUGUUCCUCUUUUGCAACGACACGACGGCCGCGAUCGGGGCCUGCAGUCUCUGUGGGCCGGACCGGCGGUGUGCCUCCUCCCGGUACGGUACGGCGCGCUCUCCCUGCGGAACGCGAGGAGCUGCGGAAGUCAGCGCCAUGGAAGUGUGCUCGACUCCGGCUUCGAGGGGGAGAGGAUGCACCGGCAAAUCCUGAAGCUUCCCGCUGGGUUAGUGAACGCCCCUGCCGCUGGCAACAGGAGCGAGCCACAGCUGGUGCCAAAGAGCUGCACCCGGAUGUCAUCUUGCCAUUUGUACACGCGUAUAACGGCUUGAUCUCGUGUACGCGAACAUUUCAGAAAUGCCUAAAAUACUUGAAACAGUUACUCUGCCUCAGCCUCACUUCAUCUGCUGGCACCCAUGGGACGGUUGUCUCCUCUUUGUUGAGCGGGCACCGCUGGGAGCACCCCCGGCGCGGCAGCGGCUGA